AACGCGGUGACGUCAUGAUGUUUACGGCUGAUGGUUGUUGCUAACCAGCAGCCUCUUGUUCGGGUGGUUGGCUCUUUCCAGCUCGUAAACGCAUUUAGGACGAUGAUGAGGAAACGUUGGACGGUUGUAGUGCCUCACAAUGCUUUCACAUUUCUAAGAUUUCCCAGUCUUGUGAAUCUGACAGUUUCUGAUAUUUGACCUGAUGUGUGACCUUUCAGCUGAGUCGCUGAAAGUCCUGCUGGAGUGAAUAUAUCAGCCUGGAGCUUCAUCUUCUCAUUGUUGUUUAAUUAAGAGUCGAAGACUGAAAGAUUAGCAGUUCAAUCCUCUGAUUGACGACUGACUGUUUAGAUCAGGGGACAGUGAUGCCGUAGCCGAACACAGCGUCCCCCGCCCAGGAGGGGAGAGCUUCCCUUUAAAAAUGGCCACUGAACUUCAUGAGACCAUAUUCAUGGCCAAGCAGGAGCGCCACAAAAACCUGUUCCUGAACUACAAGAAUUUGAACAUUUUCCCCGUAGAGCUGCUAAAAGAUGAAGGACUGCAUUUUCUGGAGAGAUUGUACAUGAAGAGAAACUCGCUCACCACACUGCCUGAUAAUCUCGCUCAGAAGCUCCCAAAUCUCAUUGAACUGUACCUCCAUUCAAACAACAUCGUCAUUAUUCCUGAAGCCAUUGGAAACCUGGCGCGGCUGCAGUCGUUGGACCUCAGCAGCAAUGCGCUCCAGAUGCUCUGUCCAGAAAUCGGCCGGCUGAGGUCGCUGCGACUCCUCAGACUGUCCAAUAAUCAACUGAAAUGCCUUCCUCCAGAAAUCGGUGACCUGGAGGACCUGGAGACCCUGGACUUGGCGGUGAACCAACUGGUUUCCUUGCCGGACCGCCUGCAUCGCUGCCUCUCCCUGCAGAACCUCACAGUGGACCACAACCUUCUUAGCCACGUCCCCCGGCAGCUCUGCUGGCUGCACCGCCUUAACCAGCUCUCCAUGGCGGCCAACCGCCUGACCUUCCUCCCACUCGAUCUGGGCCGAUCCAGAGAGCUGCAGUUUGUGUUUGUGGAUAACAACGUGGACCUGAAGGGCCUCCCCUCCUACUUGUACAACAAGGUCAUCGGCUGCAGCGGGUGCGGCGUGGAGGGGGGCACGGGGGAGGUGCUGAGCGAGGCGUUGGUUGGGCUUCCGGCUGAAGUGAAGGUGAUUGGCUCACAGGCCGAUACUGUGGUUCCUCUGGAGGAGCUUGCUAUGAGGACCAUGCAUGGCGUCUACCAUCAGCGCCCAGCAGGCCUUCAUUUGCUGCCUCCCUUCAUCCUCCCAAAGAGCCUGCUUGACCUGCUACAGUUCCCUCUGGGCCACUGCCACCGCUGCAGCCAAGCCAUGUUCACCAUCAUCUAUCCCAAAGUGUUCCCCCUCCGCGACACAGUGCUAGCAGGAGUCCACCGCCGAACGACGGUGAGUUUUGUGGCCUACUGCUGCUCCAGUCGCUGCCUCCGGACCUUCGACCUGCAGGGCUGACAUCACUUCCUGUCUAUGUGAUAGUGACAGGAAUGGAGACCGUUGCGGAGUAGGAUAUUUUAGCGCUUAUUCACUAACUGCUUCGAUCUAAGGUGACUGAACCGGCCUCUCAUCAUAGCGGCACUUAAACAUGGACUUUUGGGAAACCUGUUCCUCACUG